GAUCUCUUUGAAUUAGAUUAUCUCUUCAACUUGCAGCACGCAGUUCGUCAUCAUCGUCGGUCGCCGCAUCUUCGCUUCCGGAAAGAAAAAUUGACAUUUUUGACUUGACACAAAAUAGUUUGGAAAUUUGAUCAUUGGAUAAUCUUUAAUUUGGGUUUAUAAAAUCAUUGAAGCAUCGCAACUACCAUGCUGAGCAGUAUGAGUGGACGAACGGCUGCUAUUGGAGCUGCCAUAAGUGGAAUCAUUGUACUGGGAUAUUGCAUGUACUUUGACCACAGUCGACGCUCGGAUCCAAACUUUAAAAAGAAUCUUCGAGAAAAGAGGAAGCAACGUCGUCUGGCCAAGGUGUCGGGUUCAAAACUCCCCGAUUUGCGAGAUCAGGACGCAGUGCAGAAAUAUUUCUUGGCAGAAGUGCAGUUGGGAGAAGAUUUGCUCAGUCAGGGGGAAGUUGACAGCGCUGUGGAACAUCUUGGAAGUGCAAUUGCCGUGUGUGGCCAACCCCAACAGCUCCUUACCAUUUUGCAACAGACUUUGCCCCCUCAAGUUUUCCAUCUACUCCUCCAAAGGCUCCCGAUGAUCGGUCAAGCUGUUCAUGCUCGACAAAUGGAAUCCUUUGGUGCUCUUAAUGAUGGAAACGGGAUGGGAAUGUCUACCUCGUCUGGAGCAACUGUUACCGUCGUUGAUGAUGAACUCGAAUAAAUAAUACAAUAAACCAACAACACACUCGUAAACGAUGAAACUGAAAAAAAAACGCCAACCCUCUUCACUCCUUCACUCAUGACAGCUUCAAUUUCUAUUAAUCUAUGGUUUAAUUUUCAAUUAAAAAGUACAUUUCAGGAGUUGGUCAAUCAUGCAGCGUCCAACUUUUGCCUUACCUUUGUCAAAGUAAAAAUAAUACACAAUCACAUGAUGAUUAAGUUAAAUUCUCUACCAGCUUGAUUCAAAUUAGUCAACGAUGACACAUAGACCCUCCAACUUCGUCUAGAAUGAAGUUUAAAUGAAUACUUUAGUUGUAAUACUGCUCUAAUCAGAGUGUAUCGAUUGUUUAGAAGUUUGUAGUCAUUAUUUGCGUAGUCACUGUGGAAUCCACAGUGUGGACCAUUUACUUAUUUUGCAUACUUUAGUUUCACGCGUAGCAUUACUAUUAUUAUAAUUAUUAUUAGUCUACAAUCUAUUAGUCAGAUUUGUAUGUAAAUGGUUUAUACAAAUAACCAUUGUUUUUUAUUGUCAGGUUAAUUGUUUAGUAGCCUUUUUGGCUAAAGUCCCAGACUCAUCACUGAUACAUAGAUGAAAUAGGUAUCAUAUAACAAUAUAAGUUUAUGUCAGAACAAAAUUGAACCAUAGUUGCUUCUUGCGAUGUAUAUAUAGUGCGUUCGUGGUAACUAUAAGUUGUUUAAUUUACUCAUCUAAAGUUGACUUUCGGUAAUAAAAAAAAGUCCAUCCCUCCGCA